GUGCCCUUGAAGGCGGCCAUUUUAAAUGAUAUAAACUAUGGCUUUUGAAUGAAAACAGAUUAUAUAUCCUUAUUAUCAAAUGUAGAGCAGAAUGGCUGGUGAACUGAUUAUAGAGGAUCUGAAGAAUGGCCAGAUUCACAGCCUAGGGUUACUAUUAAAGGAUUAUCUUGGCCCUCUCUUGGAAAACCCAGAUGUGUUUUCAGCUACAGAAAAGUCCCAUUAUGGCAUGUUUUGUGUUCGUUUUCUACAUGCCAGUGUGGUCACACUGGAUGCAGUGGAAGCCAGUGUUGUGGAUGAACUGUGGUCUUCUAUUGAAACCUGUUUACAGUGUAUCCAUCAAACAUGGGAACAUUUAAAUUUUAAAGAGCCACUGACAGUACAGAAAGUGGUCUAUCACAUUUUAACUAGAGGAUCAAAGAAGGGUUCUCUUCGGUUUGUAUUGGAACUUGCCCAGCAUCUCUUCAAACUGCUGCAAAGAACAAUAUUGGAUAGCAGCGAGAGCCAGACAUUUCUUUCCAUUGUUAAAAACUGUUAUGCAACCUUAUGGAAUUAUGCCAUGCAGGGAGAGAAUGGAUCAAAUUCGUUAGAGAUGCUGAUGAUAAGACAACUUGCAUUGCAGUUUUACACAUUACAAAACAGAGAUCCUCAUGAGCUGGUGGAAAAAGUCAAGGUUGUUUUAACAAGAUGUGUGAUAGGAAGAAAAAUGCUACAUGAUCAGCUAAUUGAUUGCUGCAUGAGGUUUCGCAAAUCUGUGACAGAUGUGCUUGGGGAAAUGAUAGCAGAGAGUCAGCAAAAUUCUGAUCAGGUGCUGGAGUGUCAAAAAGCAUUCUUGUUGACUGAGGUUUAUUUCAUACAGUUUUUAAUGAAGUGCAAAGCUACAGAUAAGGCAACACUGCUAAUCAAGGAGGUUAAAAAUCAAAAUGCAGAGGGCUGUUCAUCUAGACCCAAGGAUAGUGCUAAUUUUGUUUCAGAAGUAUGUGUGUGUGUAUGUAAAGUAGCUGUGCUUGUGAAAGAAAUCCCGCUGAUGAAAUGUGAGGGGUUACAAAAAAUCUGGAACAAUUUAAACCGGGAUCUAAAAGAAACGACCAGUGUGCUUAGGGAACAGAAAAAUACCACAAGUACUGAAAGCACAAUCCUUGAAUCAUGCUCUCUUCUGAAAGCUGAAUUAGAUGUCCUAGUGAAGUCAAAGUGUUUUCAAGAAGUUACCUCAGAGGUCAUAGACAGUAUAGCACAGUUUAUGGAAACCUACAUUACAUUGCUAAGAGAAAACUGUCUAAAGCAAGACUUGGGCAAGAAAUCUAGCCAGAUAUUAAAAGGCAAAGAAAUUGAGGCUCGGACACUACAACUGACUGUUCUUUUGGAACAACUUGUCAGGACACAAAGCUCACCACUUGCUCAAGGGGAAUCUAAGGGAGAUCUCACAAAAGAUGCUAACAGGAGUAAUGUGAAAAAGCAGUGUUUUCAUGCAGUUAAGGGUUUGGAAAUGUGCUACACUUUAAUAGAGAAGACAAGAAAAUGCAGCAUGACAGGACAAGAGCAUUACUUUUUAGGCUUCCAUGCGUACAAAUUUGCUGGUCAUUUUUUUAUGAAUGCCGAGUACUCCCAUGCCGUGGACUUCUAUCAGUUUGCCUGUGAGCACUUUGCAGCAUGGAGCAAGUCUGAUUCUGACAGUCAAAAGGUGUCUGAGUUUCAGCUGUACAGGCGUUUUGAGUAUCUGGCAGAGAGUUUGCGUAGGUGCGGCAGGUAUAAGGAAGCUAUGGAGGCUGUUGUUCAGGGCGUUCUGUUGGAUCAGGGUCCAUGUAACCACAAAUCUGCAGCAGAAAUAUGGGUGAAGAUUAAGAGGGAUAUUUCUAAGGCGGAAACUAGUGAACAGUUGAAACCAGGAUUGCUGCUGGAUGCUAUUGAAGAAAAUGGAGGAGACCUUCAGGAAGGAGACAAAGUUGAUUUUCUCGAAAGUGAACUGAAAGCUCACAGAAACAUUAAGACUUUGAAACUGGAAGACCAGGCAGAAAUAAUACAGAAAUUGAUUGACACCUCCUCUAGUCCUGUGGUGCAAGCUGAGGCUUUGAUUGACAGUGCAGUGCUCUUACUGGCUAAAGAAGACUGGAAGUCUCCAGUGGAAAACUGUAAGAAGGCAAUUGCUCUGCUUGAGAAAGAACUGCAAAGAAAUGCCCAAAAAUAUACAGCGUCAAUAUUGAAGGAUGUGUUGGCAAGAGCAUUUUUCUGGCUAUAUGUAUGUGAGGCAGAAAGCAUAACAACUGAGUCACAGUCUAAUCUGGGAGCACCUGAUGAGGCAGUGGAACGUGCUGGUUCUCCAACACCUGAAGAAGAAAAUUGUGUAUUGAAUGGUCCAGUGUUUACACUGCAUAUGGAGAACCAAGCCAUUGCCAACCUGGAUAAAGCACUUGACCUGUGGUCUGCUAUACUACCAGAUGGUUGCAGAGCAGAUUGUGUGAGGGACUGUGUUGUAACUUCUGAGGGCCUGCUCCAGGUGGCACAGUUAUACAAGAUGGCUGGGAAACCUGUGCAAGCACUGAGAGCUCUCUCAGCAGCCAUCCACUUGGGUGAUCACAUCAGUUUUGCCUUGCGUGUGUCUUUGCACACCUUGCAGAUCCAGUUGCUGUGCAGUCUAAACCAGCCUCAGUCAGCAAAGGCACUGAUGGACCAGGUGGAUGGCUGGUUAGAGAAAUGGAAGCCUGAUAGGUCCAGUGAGGAGUAUGUUGUGUGGAAAUACAGGGUAGCUGUGGCAGAAGUCAUGGUGCUCUCACAAAAGUUCAGUGAAGCUCAAGAGAUAUUUGAGAUGGUCCAGCAACAAAGCUCAGUGUCAGCCCGUACAAGGGAUUGGUGUAUAGUGGAAGGCACCAUGAAGAGAUGCCUGGCCAAGAUGUUGACCUUGCCCCAGUACCAUGCUGCAGUAGAGGAGUGUGAGGAUUAUGCACUGGACAGAAUGCAUGAGGCUUGUUCACUCCUAACUGGGGUAUGGAAAUUCUUACAGGGAAAAGCUUCGGAGAGUGCCUCACUAAUGGACAAGUGGUCCAUCAUGACAGAGUACCUGGACACACUGCAAGCCACUGGACACAUGUACCUGGAUAUUGGGGAGAGCAGAGCAGCCAAGUGUUACCUCAAAGAGGGGAUGAUACUGGCACAGGAGUUUAACAUGCCUAGAAGACUGUCAGGGUUCCUCCUGUCCUUGGCCAAGCUGGAUACAUUGUCAGAAAAAUUCACUGAUGCAGAAGCCAAGUUGAACAUGGUGCAUUUCAUUCUGAACUCGGAGGUACACACUGUAAAACCUGAAAAGCAGUCAACAAGAAAGAUGGAUGUUGAAAAUGAGAAGGCAGAGAAGCAGCAGAAAAAGAAAGAUGAUUACUUUGGAUUUGACAUAUCUGACGAAGAUGAUGAUGAUAGUGAAAAAGGGUUGGAUUUCCUAAAAAGAAAAGUCCUUGAAGAUACAAUUCCAAGUGAUGAAAAUGACAGUGGAAAUGAGGACCCUUGUGCAUCUCCAACACUCCGGAAGCACGAAAGCAAACUUCCUGUGUAUUUAUCUCACAGCACCAAAUGCAGUUGUGUCCUGUGUCAUGAUUUCAUUCUUCACCCCCUGAGCAUGGAAUACAUCCAUGGACUAGCCUGUUUGUCCAUGGAAAUGUUUGCUGUGUCAGAAUGUGCCACACUUGUCAAGACGGGGCUACAGUUUUACAACACUGCCUUCCACAAGUCCACCCAGGUCCUGAUGUCAAAGAGUUGUGAUAACUUAUACAAAGGAAAAAAAGAAAUAGACAAACUUGUGGAAUCACUAUUUUUACCAUGGAGUGUGCAGUUUGAUAUUCAAGUAGCAGAUACCAAGAUUGAAACCAACCUCCAGUGGGGCCCUGCUGGAAGGGCAUUAGCUAGGGCUGCUUCUCAUCUCAACUGUAGUACUGCGACAGGCUUGGUAAACCUCUGGAAAGAGAGGGCAUUUGUGUUUUAUUUACAGGCACUUGUUGGUUUAAAAGGAAUGGCAGAACCAAAUGACUACAACAACAUUGUGUCUAACCUGAAUGAUGAAUUUCAGAAGGUUGAAAUAACAAGUAAGGAGGAUUCUACUUUGAACAAUAUAACUGAUAUGCUUAAUCGCAUGGAUGUGAAAGAUGAAGGAAAUUUACCAAGCUUAGAUGAUACUAACUUGGUUAGCAAAAAUGAGAAAACAAAAAUGAAACCCAAAGUGGACAGUGACAAGGCCUCAGCAGAGAAUGUUCCCAUAGAAGUUCCAACAGAUAAGAUCACAAAACCAUCAGCUCGAAGAAAAGGGAGAAAAACCUCUGCUGAAACCAGUGAUUCAACUCAAGAAACAUCAACCAACAACAGACGAAGAAGGAAAACAGAUGAGAAUGGGGACAUUGUUUUGUUCAAGAGUCCACCCCAGAAAACCAAGCGAGAAAAAACUGGCACUCAAAAUGAGGAGGCCACUGAUUUCACUUCCAAUUUGAUGACACCCCUUCCUCUGAAGACCCCAAAAGCCAGCAGCAGAGCAGUGAAAAAGGAAGAGAUUUUCACCCCAAUGGCAAUGAAGACGCCGAAGAGUGUGUCAAGUCGAAGAGCAGCUCUGGACAUGCUGAUGGCAGAUAGUGAUAGCGAAGAGGACAAAAUCAAAUCCACGAAAAAUAAAAGGACAGGCACAAGGAAAACCACAUCAACAACUGGAAAAGGAAAGAAAGCAGCAGUAUCAAAUCGCAAGUGGGAAGGAUACCAGACUGCUCAAUGA